GCGCGGCGGCGGGCGCUGCGGGCGGGCCGGGAGCGCGGCGGGGCCGCGGCCGCGGGGCCAUGGACGGCGCCGAGGCGGGGGAGCGCAGCCCGCUGCUGGGCAGCGGCGAGCGCGGGCGGGCGGCCAGCAGCGCCUUCCAGGGCCGGCGGCUGGCCUGCGCCGCCGUGCUGCUGGCCGAGCUGCUGGAGCGAGUGGCCUUCUACGGCAUCACGUCCAACCUGGUGCUGUUCCUGAACGGGCCGCCCUACGGCUGGGAGGGCGCGCAGGCCAGCCAGGCGCUGCUGCUCUUCAUGGGCAUCACCUACCUGGUGUCGCCGUUCGGCGGCUGGCUGGCCGACGCGCUGCUGGGCAAGUUCGGCACCAUCCUGCUCAGCAUGGCGCUCUACCUGCUGGGCAUGCUGGCCUUCCCGGUCAUCGCCGCGCCGCACACGCGGCAGGGCCUCUGCGGGGACAUCCCGCUCUUCCCCGUGGAGAACUGCUCCUGGCCGGCCGCCAACGCCAGCCGGCCGCCCUGCUCGCAGCUGGGAGCCGCCCGCUACUGCGCCGCCGCCACCUUCGUGGGACUGGUCCUCGUGGGGCUGGGCGUCGGCUCGGUCAAGGCCAACAUCACCCCGUUCGGGGCCGACCAGGUCAAAGACCGGGGUCCAGAAGCCACAAGAAGGUUUUUUAAUUGGUUUUAUUGGAGCAUUAAUUUGGGAGCUAUCCUGUCUCUGGGAGGCAUUGCCUACAUCCAGCAGAACGUGAGCUUUGUGAUCGGAUACAGCAUCCCAACAGUCUGCAUUGGCAUUUCCUUCAUGGUGUUCUUGUGUGGCCAGAGCUUCUUCAUCACCAAACCCCCCGAUGGCAGUGCCUUCACAGACAUGUUCAGAAUCCUCACAUACUCCUGCUGCUCCAAGAAGAGCCACGGGGAGCACUCAGCAAACAGCGAAGGCCAGGGAGUGCUGCACCCGCCUCGCAAGCAAAGCCUCUUCGAGAUGGCCAAGCUGUCUCGGGGGGGCCCCUUCAGAGAAGAUAAGGUGGAGGAUGUGAAAGCUCUUGUCAAGAUUAUCCCUGUCUUUCUGGCUUUAAUACCUUACUGGACAGUGUAUUUUCAAAUGCAGACAACGUAUGUACUGCAGAGUCUGCAUCUGAAAAUCCCCGAGAUCUCCAACGACACCAACUCCAUCCACACGUUCCCAGCAGCCUGGCUGACCAUGUUUGAUGCAGUGCUUAUCCUGAUCCUCAUACCCCUAAAAGACAAAGUGGUGGACCCCAUUUUGAAGAGGAAUGGCUUGCUGCCAUCCUCGCUGAAGAGGAUUGCAGUUGGAAUGUUCUUUGUGAUGUGCUCUGCCUUUGCUGCAGGAAUUCUGGAAAGCAACAGACUGAAAAUUGUCAAGGUUAAAACAAUUAACCAGACAAUUGGGAAUGUUACAUACCAUGCUGCAGAUUUGCCAAUCUGGUGGCAGAUCCCUCAAUAUGUGCUGAUUGGAUUCAGUGAAAUCUUCGCAAGUAUAGCAGGCCUAGAAUUUGCAUAUUCAGCUGCUCCCAAGUCCAUGCAGAGUGCCAUCAUGGGGCUGUUCUUUUUCUUCUCGGGCAUUGGCUCGUUUGUUGGCUCUGGAUUGUUGGCCCUGGUGUCUAUUAAAGAAAUUGGCUGGAUGAGUAAUCACACAGAUUUUGGCAAUAUUAAUGGCUGCCAAUUGAACUAUUACUUCUUCCUGCUGGCUGCUAUCCAGGGAGCCACCCUGCUGCUUUUCCUGAUCGUCUCUGUCAAGUACGAGCGCCACAAGGGCAGGGCGGGCGAGGCGGCUGCCAACGGGAGGCUGUGAGCCUGGCACAGGCACAGCCCGACACUGCCAGCAGCAGCAGCAGCGAGGGGCAGUGCCAGCAGCAGUGAGGGCAGUGCCCAGCCAGCAGCUCUGCUGCCCACAGGCACAGCUGGGCACUGCCAGCAGCAGCAGUGAGGGCAGUGCCCAGCCCGCAGCUCUCCUGCCCAGGGACCCGCAGGCACAGCUGGGCACUGCCAGCAGCAGCGAGGGCAGUGCCCAGCCAGCAGCUCUGCUGCCCACAGGCACAGCUGGGCACUGCCAGCAGCAGCAGCAGCAAGGGGCAGUGCCCAGCCAGCAGCUCUCCUGCCCAGGGACCCGCAGCCCUGCCGCUCUCAGUGCAAGUGCCUUAGGGCAGGGCUGUGUCUUGCACUACGCCUGGCAGGACAGCAAGGCUGGAGGUGAAUGCCCGGGCAUUCCUGCUGCUCCUGCUCCAGGGGAGGUGUCUGCUGCGCUCCCGAGGCUGGCACACCCGGGGCAGGGCAGGGGCUGUUCUCACCCCAGCUGAACUGGAUCACUGACACUCUGCAGGACAAGCCUACCCUGGGGAGAGAAACCAACAGGAGCCUCAAGCAGCACGUGGGGUUCAGUGCUGGGAGUCCUUCUGGACAAAUUCAUUACAAAUUAGCACAGCUUCAGUUUUAUAAUUGACCUGUUACUGGCCGUGUGUCAAGGAUUUCAUCCAGCCUGACUCCUAAAUGCCAGGAGCUGCUCAGAGCUGCUGGUGCACAGUUCACACUGGUUGGGUUGAAGCUGUUUGACUGCAGCAGUGGUUUUAUUUUUGAGCCUGCAUUCGAUGUGUUAGGACAGCAGCCACCUUUGCACAAGGCCUGUUCAGUCUAACACUGUUUCCCCCCUAAGGACUGUUCCAAACAUUUGCAGGAAGCAAAGCGAGCUGGAAUUCUGAGCAGAUCAAUGCACAGUAACCAUUUAGCAGCCUUUAGCCAGGUCCCUCAGCCUUGUCUUACUUUUAGUUAACGUGCUCCAGGGUUUGGAUCUUUCAGCCACACAUUCCUCCAGCAGAGCAAAUGGCUUUCUGUUCAGCCUCUUGAAUUUUAAUGAUGCUAACAACUGUACUUCAGAGUGUGUGCAGACUGGUAUGGAAGGUGCAAGGAAUUAUGCAGAAAGAAAAUAAAGCCUUUUUAUUAAUGUGUUGAAUUUUUAUAGUUUCCUUUGUCUGCUGUUCUGUUGUUUAAAAUGUCCUUAUUUUGUACAUGGACAUCUUUUUAAUGAGUUUACAAAAUAAAAUGAACCUCCAUGCUGUGACUUUCGACCCUUUGUUUCCAGGUGAAUAAAAUGAUACUAUAACUAC